AUGUAUACACCUACACAUCUGGGCCGCAUCACCAUCUGCUGCGUGACAGGAAACAUAGGAGAGUCGUGGGAGCAGACCUGGCUGAAGAACUACGGUUACCUGCUGCCUCACAACGUCCGCACCUCGGACCUGCGGCAGGAGAAAGCCAUGCAGUGGAUGAGGAGACCUCGCUGUGGCGUCCCAGAUCAUCCUCACACCAGCCGCCGACAGAGGAAUAAACGCUACGCCCUGACGGGACAGAAAUGGAGAGAUAAAAAGACCUCGUACAGCAUCUCCAACUUCACCCCCAAAGUGGGUGAGAAGGACACGCAGAGAGCGAUCCGACAAGCCUUCAACGUGUGGCAGACCGUCACUCCGCUCUCCUUCCAGGAGGUGCCGUACUCAGAGGUCAAAAACGAGGGAAAGGAGGCGGACAUCAUGAUCUUCUUUGCCUCUGGUUUCCAUGGUGACAGCUCUCCGUUUGACGGAGAGGGGGGAUUCCUUGCCCACGCCUAUUUCCCUGGUGCUGGCAUCGGAGGAGACACACACUUUGACUCUGACGAGCCCUGGACGUUGGGCAACGCCAACAAUGACGCCGCUGAUGGUGGGAUGAUCACUGUGGAGGUGGCUCAGUGA